UGAUCCCAACUUCCGGUGAGAGGGGAGAAGUAUCGCUCACACGGUUUUUUACUCUGAGCAGGCCCAUCGUUACCAACUCGUUGGUAGUCGAACWGGGCUUUUGAUAGUUAUCAUGACUGUGAUAAGCGAGCAAGUCGCGUAAUUAAUAACUGUUAAAGAAACUAGGAGAUUUGACUUCAGGCGCCAUUUUUACAGUCGUCAUCGUCAAGAGCUUCACAGGUUUAAACCCCGCGACGGACAGCUAAGUAGCUAGCUACAGACGAGCCUCUAAAUUAGAUUCUGGUGUAUGUUUCAUGAUGUCAACAGCGGGCUUCAACUCUCAGAAUGGCACUGAGACGGCGCAGACGUACGCGAAUGGUCCGUCACAGAACCCAGUUGCCCUGCAUCAGCCUCUAGGAGUCAACUAUGACAUGAAUCACCAACCAGCCUACAAUCCAAUGCAGGCCAAAGCUCCCGCACCCCCUGGUCCUGGUCUCUACCCCUCUGGACCAUAUCAGCCAGUUCCCCCUGUCAGCUUCUACCAGCCGGACCCUUCCUUUCCAGGCCAGCCACUAUUAUCCAGACCUCCACUGGGAGGUCUUCCAUCCCAUACCCCUCCUCAGUCUGCCAGCCCCAGCCCUGGUCCUAGGAUCCCCCCUGCACAAGCUACACCUCCUCCUCCUUCUGUGUCGUCUAGCGGCUACUACGCAAACCCUCAGCAGCCAAUGGCUCCUACAUGGCAGUACAACACAGCAGUUCCACCAAUGGGGGCAGCCACCUCAGUGAACACACCCCCCAGAGGGCCUUUGACUAAUCAUGUGAAUCCAACUGUGAGCUUAGCUGCACCGUCUCCUCUGUCAUCAGCAGCUUACAGCUCUGCACCACCACCAAAAAUGUCCAGUAGUCCCGCCCAGAUCUCAGGCCCAGGAGUUCCCCCCACUUCUAUGCAUGGAUUCACUCAGCCAGGCUCUGCACCUCCACCAAUGGCUCCCCACACGUACCAAACUAUGAGACCUGCCUAUGGGCCUCCACCUACAGGUCAACCACCCACCAUGAGACCCACACCACCUCCAACUGGUGCCCCAAUGGCCAGUGCCACACCUCCACCCCCCAAAGUGGAUGCUCAGUGUGGGGGGGUUGUCAACAACACUUUUCCUCACACUGAGCCCGACUUCCAGGGAGAGGAUAUUGAAUGUCCAGGAGCUGUGGCUGCCAGUGGCUCACAGGCUCCGAACAGCUACAAUCAUGUGGACAGCAGAAUGGCUGGCCCCGCUCAGCCGGGUCCACCUGGUCGACACUUGGGUCACUACCCUUCCCUCCCACCUGGGUACCAGAACACCCCAGCUCCUCCUGCGCCCUCCUCCCUACACCCAGCAAUUCAAGCUGCCACCCAGCCUUACAGUCAAGGACCUCAGCCGUACCAGCAGCCUCCCGGUGGUCUAGGUCCAGCUCAGCUGAGCCCAUCGUUGGCAAACAUGAGCCUCCAGUCCAAAACCCCAGAGGCCCUGAGGGUGGUCAACCUGCUGCAGGAGAGGAACCUGCUGCCACCAAGUCCAAUUCCUGCCCCAACGCCCUGCCUUCCCCAAGACCUGCAGAAGCUGAACUGCAACCCAGAGGUUUUUCGUUGCACACUGACCAGCAUCCCUCAGACCCAAGCUCUGCUUAACAAAGCGAAGAUGCCUCUGGGCCUGCUGCUCCACCCGUUCAAAGACCUCUCACAACUUCCCGUGGUGACAUCUAGCACCAUCGUCAGGUGUCGAUCCUGCAGAACCUACAUCAAUCCUUUUGUCUCUUUUCUGGACCAGAGAAGAUGGAAGUGCAACCUGUGUUAUCGAGUCAACGAUGUUCCAGAGGAGUUUAUGUACAACCCAGUCAGCAGAUCAUACGGAGAACCACACAAAAGACCCGAAGUCCAGAAUGCCACUAUUGAGUUUAUUGCUCCUUCAGAAUAUAUGCUGAGGCCACCACAACCUGCUGUUUAUCUGUUUGUUCUGGAUGUAUCCCAUAAUGCAGUGGAGACGGGCUACCUGAAGGAGUUCUGUCAGUCGGUGCUGGACAACAUUAAUUCGCUUCCUGGAGACUCGCGGACAAAAGUCGGCUUCAUAACAUUUGACAGCACCAUCCAUUUCUACAACCUCCAGGAGGGACUUUCUCAGCCACAGAUGCUGAUUGUUUCUGARAUUGAAGACAUCUUUUUACCAACACCAGACAGCCUUCUAGUAAACCUCAAUGAAUCCAAGGAGCUUGUGCAGGAUCUGCUGAAGAGCCUGCCGAGUUUAUUUGAGAAGACCAUGGAGACCCAGUCUGCUCUGGGUUCAGCUCUACAAGCAGCCUUUAAGUUGUUGUCUCCCACCGGAGGACGCAUGUCUGUGUUUCAGACCCAGCUGCCUAACCUGGGUGCAGGGGCGCUCCAGUCCAGAGAGGACCCCAACCAGCGAGCAUCUGCCAAGGACAUCCAGCACCUCUCCCCAGCAACAGAUUUCUACAAGAAGUUGGCGCUGGACUGCUCCGGUCAGCAGGUGGCUGUUGACCUGUUUCUGCUCAGCGCUCAGUACUGUGACUUGGCGUCACUUGGCUGCAUAUCCAGAUACUCUGCAGGGAGCGUUUAUUACUACCCUUCCUACCAUCACCAACAUAACCCAGGUCAGGUGGAGCGCUUCCAUAAGGAUCUGAAGAGAUAUUUAACAAGAAAAAUAGGCUUUGAGGCCGUCAUGAGGAUACGUUGUACCAAAGGUUUGUCCAUCCACACGUUCCACGGAAACUUCUUCGUGCGCUCCACAGAUCUGCUGUCCCUCCCCAACGUCAACCCAGACGCUGGGUUUGCUGUUCAGAUGUCCAUCGAGGAAAACCUGGAUGACAUGCAGGUGGUUUCCUUCCAAGCUGCGCUGCUGUACACCUCAAGCAAAGGUGAGAGGAGGAUCCGUGUGCACACGAUGUGCCUUCCUGUGGCCAACUCUCUGUCAGAUAUCUUCUCUGGAGCUGAUGUUCAGGCCAUCACUGGGCUGUUGGCUUGUAUGGCUGUGGACCGCUCUGUUUCUGCCAGUCUGAGUGACGCCAGAGACGCCAUGACCAACGCCGCCAUCGACUCGCUGACUUCAUACCGACAGUCUGUGUUGACCAUCCAGCAGCCCGGCUUGUUGGCUCCGGCCUGCCUCAGACUCUUCCCGCUUUUCAUCCUCGCCCUGCUCAAACAGAAAGCCUUCAGGACUGGAACCAGCACCAGGCUGGAUGACCGAGUGUUCGCCAUGUAUCAGCUGAAGUACCAGCCGCUGGUCUUUUCGAUGCGGAUGAUCCAUCCCGCUCUGUACCGGGUCGACGAUCUGACCGAUGAGGGAGCUUUAAACAUCAACGAACGGACCAUCCCUCAGCCCAGAGUUCUGCAGCUGUCUGUGGAGAAGCUCAGCAGGGACGGAGCUUUCCUCAUGGACGCUGGAAUCGUGAUGUUUCUUUGGAUCGGACGUAACUGUCACCCUAACUUCCUCACACAAGUCUUGGCAGUUCCAAACUAUGCUGCCGUGCCUGAUAAUCUGUAUCUGCUCCCAGAGCUGGACACUGCCGAGUCUCAGAGAACCAGAGCUUUAAUCGGCUGGCUCAGGGAUCAGAGGCCGUUCUUCCCCUCUUUCCACGUCAUCAGGGACGAGAGCCAACUGAAACCCCAAUUUAUGCAGAACAUGAUUGAAGAUCGGACCGAGUCGGCCCUGUCGUACUACGAGUUCCUUCUCCACAUCCAGCAGCAAGUCUCCAAAUAAUCAUUCAGCGAUUGUGAGGAGAAAGGACAGACAUUGUGUGUGCGUGUGUGUAUAUGUAUUUGAGUGUGUGUUCAGAGCCCACUCUUGCUCCUUCUCCAGCCGCUCUUCUCCGUUUACUCCGAGAUGAACCUGAGCGGAUGUGAGGUGUCYGCCGAAUCAAGUGGAGCGAGGCGUGGUGCGAGGACGUGACAAAAGACUCCAUCCUGAUGUGAUCUGGCACCUUUCUAAUGAGUGGUGGGAAAGCAAAGCAAGGAGCCCGUGAUGAUGAUGAUUAUGUCCAUGAUUGAUCGAAUCAGUGUUUAUUCUCACAGAACAAUUCGGAGGUAUCGUUUAGAUACGGCGCAGGCCUGUAUGUCCGUAAAGUUGAGGUUUGUUACAGGUCAGAGCUCAAAGACUCCUCUUUAUUCGGGUUGUUGUCUGGAGGAAUUGUGCACACCACAUCUGAGCUUCACCACGCUAACGUACCUGAAGGACGGAGCAUGUUUUCUUUAUUUUAUUUCAAAGUCAUUAUAAUUGUUUGCUGAACAAACGUGUCGCCUCAUGUCUUCGCUGCCUGGAGCGUUACUCGUCGGACGGAUCAGUCACUUUUUCUCUGGACAUUCAGAACACCUGAUGACAUCACUGUUCUGUUUAUUUCUUUACUUUUUUCCCCCUCUGUUUAAUUUAUGAGACUCCCAAUCUGAUUAAAUUCUAUAAUUGCCUUGGAUGGGAACUCACUUUUUAUUAUUAAUCCUCUGUUUAAAUACUGACUAUAUAUAUGAAAUAUUUUAAUAUAAUAGGAUAUGGGAAAUUCUUUAACACAGGCCUAACAAAGCCAUUUUGAUCUUUUAAUCAUGCUUAUUGAUACUUGUAUAUUGAAAAGACUACAUUAUAUAAAGGAGAAGAAAUGCUGAUGAUUUUAGUAUGAAGAAGAAGUUGAAAUGACGCUAAGAAAAUAAAACUCUUUGGGACUUUUUAAAUGUAGUUUGUGUGUUGAUCAGUGAUCAAUGGUUAUUCUGUGAAGAUAAAUUCAUUUUGGACCAAAAAAUGUGACGUUUUGAGGUUUCAUACAAUUUGUAAUCAAUGAUGUUAUGUGACAAGAAUGUAAUUAGGAGCAAAUGUGUUUUGGUCUUUAUGAACAAGGUUGUUUUUCAUAGAAAUUAAAAAUAAAAUUAGUUUUGUUUUUGUA